GAAUUUAAGCAUAAAUCUGAUAACAUUUACUUCACUGUAAAUUUAAACGAAUCUUAACAAAGAGCGCUUUUUCUAGCAAAAUGCGAAGAAGCUCUAUAAUUUUACUUAUAGGUGUUUCAGUAGUUGUCUUAAUUAGCGGAAUAAUAGCUAUAAUAAUUUUCAAACCAAAACCACAAUAUCUCGAAAACGAAUGUUACCACAAAAACUUCGGAAAGGGCUCAACAGUUUGUAUUUGCAACGACAACCAUUGCGACACUUUACCGCCCAUAAAAAAAGUAAAUUCUUCCGCGUUCGUCGUAUACACAACGAGCAAAAGCGGGCUGAGAUUCCAUAAACAGACGAAAUCGUUCGGUGAUUCCAGCUUCUCGUUGAUGGAGGAUGUUUGCGAAAAAGAAGUCGCGGCGACUUGCGGCAAAGUCUAUAAUCCGGCCGGAGCAGGCGCAGAUGAGGUGAAAGCGCGCAGGAUAAUUAUAAAUUCAGCGAAAGAGUACCAGAAAGUUUUGGGAUGGGGUGGAAGUUUCACGGACGCCGCGGGAAUUAACAUCAGAUCCCUGAACCAGAAAUUGCAAAACGACUUAAUGAGGGCUUAUUUUUCCGAAGACGGGCUGGAGUACAAGUUAGGCAGAGUACCGAUUGGGGGCGCUGAUUUCUCCACGAGAAAAUAUACCUAUGACGAAACUGAAGAUAAUUCGGUAUGCGAUGAUCCUCUGUUAACCAGAUUUUCUUUAGCUGAAGAAGACUACAAAUAUAAAAUUCCAAUAAUAAACGAAGCUAAAAAAUUAGCAAAAACUUUAAAUCUUGUCUCCGCCACAUGGUCUAUUCCAGUGUGGAUGAAAGAAAACAAAGACUACAUGGGAAUGAUGGGAUACCCAGAGAAAAAGUAUUACCAAUCGUUGGCCAAUUAUCUCGUGAAAUUUUUGGAGGCUUAUAAACAGCAUAACAUUACUUUUUGGGGGAUAUCGACAGGGAAUGAACCCAUUUUCGCCAUGGCCCAGGGUGUAAAGUUAGCUCCUGGAACGCUAUAUUCACCUCACGAAUUAAAUGAAUUUACUCGUUCGUAUUUCGGACCAACCUUAAGGAAUUCCACAUUUUCGGAUAUUCGCCUAUUGGCAUUCGACGAUUUCAGGGCUUUGCUGCCCCAUAGCAUACAAUUUAUUCUUCCAGACGAAGAAACUUUAAAAUAUGUCGAUGGCAUAGCGGUGCACUGGUAUUACGAUAGUGAAGCCAAUUCUUACAUAUUGGAUGACGUUCAUAACAAAUACCCGGAUAAAUUUAUUCUAUAUACAGAAUCGUGCACUGGGUACAUAGACAAUACUGUAAGAUUGGGUUGCUGGCAACGAGGCGAAGAUUACGCGAGAAACAUAAUUGAGGAUAUGAAUCACUGGGUAACAGGUUGGAUAGACUGGAACCUCGCUUUGGAUAUGCAAGGAGGUCCGAAUGUCUACAAAAAUUUCGUCGAUGCCCCGAUUAUCGUCGACUCUGCGAAUAACGUAUUUUACAAACAGCCCAUGUACUACGUUUUAGGACAUUUUAGCAAAUUCGUUCCGCCUGAUUCUGUGAGGAUCUAUUCCACACAAUGCGGCAGUGAGGUGCCAGUUGUUGCUUUUAAAAGACCAGAUGGAGGAAUAGUUGUUGUGGUAUUGAAUACAAGCAACAAGAUCCAGAGAAGAUCUAUAGUGGAUUCAAUAAGAGGAGAAAUUGAAUUAGAUAUGAGCCCUCGUUCGAUUAGUACAAUUAUUUAUUGGUGAAUAAAAUUGAAUUACCUAUAGAGUUUGA